UACGGCGGAAGGCAUCGAAAGGGUGUCCGUCCGUCCCAUUAUUGCCGGAGCGGCACGAAUAUCGCCCGCAAAGCUCUCCAGGCGUUAGAAGGCGUAAAAUGGGUUGAAAAGGACGCCAACACUGGAGGCCGAAGAAUGACGAGCCAAGGAGUGCGCGAUUUGGACAGAAUUGCUGCCCAACUGAGGAGUGCGACCAAAGCCAGACUCCUGGCCGAGGCUGCGGCCGCGUCUUUGACCGUCUUCAAAUACUCUAACUCUACUUUAACUGCUCUGUUUGUGUUGACCACUGGUAUUGUCGGCGGAAUCUAUUUGUAUCGUCAGUUCGCCCAAUACAGAUUGCGACACUUCAGAGGCUGGUGUACUGUAGUAUCCCAUAUGUGGAUCAAUCGGGUCGCUAAAGAAAUGCGCCAAUCGAUGGGCGAGCAGUUGGAAGCGGCCGAUUCCAAGUAUUUCGAUGAAGAGUUUGAUAUAGACGUGGAGUUUGAACAAUACGAACGAAUAGAAGUCCCAAACUUUUCUCAUGGAAGAAGAGGACGAUUUGUUCACGACUUCGCAAAGUUACAAAUUCUUUAA